AAUUUCAAUUCCAAUUCCAAUUUGUGUGCUCCUCCACCUACUACCAUCCAGUCCAGGCAUAUGCUCUUCCUGCAACUUCUUUUAUGACUCUGCAUAUUGCCUUCUCUUCCCCCCUCUCUCUCUCUCUCUCUCUCUCUCUCUCCGCACCAUAAAUCAUUUCUCAUUUUUUUCCCCAUCCUCCCACUCUCUUCUGUCAAGAUUUCUGCGCUUUUGCCAAUUGGACGGCGGCCCACCUCGGCGGCUGUGCUGUUGGUGGCGACUGUGGCAUCAAAGCUUGAUCUUGGGGAGGCUUUGGGGAGGAAAGAUUGAGAUUUUGGUUGGUUUUCUUGGUUCUAGAGGAGGUUUUCUUGGUUGAUAUUUCCGGGUAGCUCGCCCAAUCAGUCCCAAAUCCGAUUUUCUGGGCUCUGAUUUGGAGAUUAUUUUUCUUUAGCUGUGAUUAUUGGUUCUUCGCUCCUGUACCAAAGCUCCCGUUUUUGGUUCUUGUGGGGAUCAAAGAGGGAGGGAGUUCGAUCUUGGAAAGAGUUUAAGUGUCAAGAUUCGAAGUGGCAUUCUGAUUUGGAUUAUGCAAGCUCAUGUUCUUGGAUUAUCUCUUCGAAGAUUAGCCUUUGCGUAGACCAAAGUGACAAGAGGUUUUGGUGGUGGAUUUGAGGAUUCGGGUUGGAAUUUUCCGGUGAGAGAGAGUUCUACGAGUUGUGGUUGAUCUUUGCUUCGGUGGAGAAGCUCUGGAGUUCCAUUUGGGAAGCUGGAAGCUUCCAUUUCUGGUUCGAGCAAAGGUCGCUUUCAGCCACUUGGAGAGUUCCCUCGUGUGAGGAUUCGAGGUUGAAGGAGACCCACCCAUGGCGUCUAUUUCGGAUAGCGAGACGACGAACCAUGGGAGCAUAUGGGAUUUGGAUCAGAACCUUGAUCAGCCCAUGGAUGAGGAGGCUAGCCGGCUCAAGAACAUGUACACAGAGAAGAAGUUCUCGUCGAUUUUGUUAUUACGGCUCGCGUUUCAGAGCCUUGGUGUUGUCUUCGGUGACUUAGGUACAUCUCCAUUAUAUGUCUUCUACAAUAUAUUCCCUCAUGGGGUCGAUGAUGAUGAGGAUGUUAUUGGGGCUCUUUCCUUGAUCAUUUACACCCUCACCCUCAUUCCUCUGAUGAAGUAUGUUUUUGUUGUCUUGCGGGCAAAUGAUAAUGGCCAAGGUGGCACAUUCGCUCUCUAUUCUUUACUUUGCCGGCAUGCAAAGGUCAGCACUAUUCCCAACCAACAUAAGACAGAUGAAGAAUUAACAACAUAUAGUCGGCAAACUUAUGAAGAGAAUUCACUUGCAGCAAAAAUAAAGAGAUGGCUAGAGGGACAUGUGUAUAAAAAGAACUGUCUUCUUAUUCUAGUUCUCAUUGGUACCUGCACAGCCAUUGGAGAUGGGAUCCUUACUCCUGCUAUAUCAGUUCUCUCUGCAUCAGGUGGAAUAAGAGUUCAGAAUCAGAAGAUGAGUACAGAUGUGGUUGUAGUCGUUGCUGUGAUCAUACUAAUUGGCUUAUUCAGCAUGCAACACUAUGGUACAGAUAAAGUUGGAUGGCUCUUUGCACCUAUAGUGCUCCUUUGGUUUAUCCUAAUUGGGACUAUUGGGGCACUGAACAUACACAAGUACAACAGUUCAGUCCUAAAAGCAUAUAAUCCAGUCUAUAUCUAUCGGUAUUUCCGACGAGGGAAGUCUGAGAGCUGGACCUCCCUUGGAGGAAUCAUGCUUAGCAUCACAGGGACUGAAGCAUUAUAUGCUGACUUAUGUCAUUUCCCUGUCUUGGCCAUUCAGAUUGCUUUCACGUUAGUGGUGUUCCCUUGCCUUCUCCUAGCAUACACCGGACAGGCUGCGUACAUUAUUAGCAACAAGGACCAUGUAGUUGAUGCCUUUUAUCGCUCCAUUCCAGAUACCAUAUACUGGCCAGUAUUCAUCAUUGCAACUCUUGCAGCAAUAGUUGCAAGUCAAGCCACUAUAUCUGCUACAUACUCGAUAAUAAAGCAAGCUCUCGCACUGGGCUGUUUUCCUCGAGUCAGUGUCGUCCACACCUCAAAGAAAUUUCUCGGGCAGAUUUACAUCCCUGACAUCAACUGGGUACUUAUGAUUCUUUGCAUUGCAGUAACAGCUGGAUUCAAAAACCAAAGUCAGAUAGGAAAUGCAUAUGGAACUGCAGUGGUGAUAGUUAUGCUGGUCACGACAUUUCUCAUGGUCCCAAUAAUGCUGUUAGUAUGGAAAAGCCACUGGAUCCUUGUUGUCAUUUUUAUCGUGCUCUCGUUGAUGGUGGAGCUCCCAUACUUCACAGCCUGCAUUAACAAGGUUGACCAAGGUGGUUGGGUUCCACUUGUUGUUGCAACUACCUGCUUCAUCAUCAUGUAUGUGUGGCAUUUCUGCACCGUGAAGCGGUAUGAAUUUGAGAUGCACAGCAAGGUUUCCAUGGCCUGGAUUUUAGGACUCGGACCAAGCCUCGGCCUCGUCAGGGUGCCUGGGAUAGGCUUCGUGUACACCGAGCUGGCAAGUGGAGUGCCUCAUAUCUUCUCCCAUUUCAUCACCAACCUCCCUGCCAUCCACUCGGUCGUCGUCUUCGUUUGUGUCAAGUACCUCCCAGUAUAUACAGUCCCAACCGAAGAAAGGUUCAUCGUGAAGAGGAUCGGGCCAAAGAACUUCCACAUGUUCCGUUGUGUCGCGAGGUACGGGUACAAGGACAUCCACAAGAGAGAUGACGACUUCGAGAAGAUGCUCCUUGACAGGCUCUUGCUCUUCGUCAGGCUGGAGAGCAUGAUGGAUGACUAUUCGGACUCCGAAGACUUCACCAUGAUGGAGGAGAAGACCCAGGGAUCAAGCAAUGCGCUGCUGCUAACUGGAAAGGCUGGGAGCAACACAAUGUGCUCCACUGGUGACCUGAGCUACUCAUCACAGGACUCCAUUGUUCCAGCCAAGUCACCCAUAAGAGGGAACAGCCUGACAAGGUACUCGAGCCAGACGUUCGGCGAUGAACUGGAGUUCCUGAACCUGGAGUUCCUGAACCGGUGCAAGGACGCUGGUGUCGUGCACAUCCUGGGGAACACUGUGGUUCACGCGCGCCCUGAUUCAGGGAUCAUCAAGAAGGUUGCUGUGAAUUAUGUGUUUGCAUUCCUCAGGAAGAUCUGCAGGGAGAACAGUGUGAUAUUCAAUGUUCCCCAUGAAAGUCUUCUCAAUGUAGGCCAGAUAUACUAUAUAUGAACAUUUUUUGUUCUUUGGUUUCUGAUUCAGAGAGUGAGCAGGUGUGACAAGAGAGUGAGCAGGUGUGACAUUCUGCUGUGUGUAGGCCUAGAUGAACUUGUAAAUGAUCAGUUCUAGAGUAAGGUUCAUUCAUCAUUUUUUUCCCCUGUCAGUAUGAAAUGAUGCUGUAGAUGCCAUGUCCUCUGUCAGCCUAACCAGUAAAGGAGAAGAGAAAAGGACUGCAUAAUUCAAAUGCUUAUUUCAAGUUCAUACUGAAAUGAUGCUGUAGAAUCCAUGUCCUCUGUCAGCUUAACCUAUCAGUAUGAACUUGUAAACUGUUGGGUUUCAAAUAGUAGAAUGCUUCUGAUAUGGUGCC